AUGACCACCACUGGCACCUUGCAAUGGAGCCAAGUCGUGGCCAAAGGUGCCGGAAUGAAGGUCAUCACACCUUCACGAGCACCUCGCGAUGGCACCAUGACAUCUGACAUUUUGUAUGAGCAUUCAGAAUUCACUCGGCAACAGCUCUCUCGCAAAGCCGCAGCCCUUGUCAAGCAAGCUUUGACUCCUCAAUCUGUUCUGUUUUCUUUGCCUCACCUUGCCUUUGAACGACGCAGUAAGGCUUAUGCUGAGAUUGAAUCGCAAAUCGGCGAAGUGCAGGGUUUUCGACAUAUUAGCGCAUAUGAUGUCCGUUCUCGCCGAGAUAUGCUGAUCGAAGCAAAAUUCGUCAACCCAGACCAUGCCACGAAGGCCAUUGAGGAGGGUAUCACUGUGAAUGAGGUCAUUUACAAAGCAUCUCCCACUGUAUCUGGCUCAGAAAACCCUUUGAUUCGAGUACAGCUCAGCCUACUCCACAUCGACAGUGACCAAGCCAUCCGAGAUGGUUUGCUUUCAUCACUCCGCUAUUAUGGCAAGGUUUACCAGAUCCGCCGUAUUCUGUAUGAUGGAUAUUUCGAAGGUCAACUCACUGUGACGAUUGAUCCCAGUGAGGGAUAUGAAGACUCAAAAGGAGAGCAUCAUGAAGCACAGCCUUUACAACGCAUGCUUUAUUUGGAGACCUGGGAUACGUUCGCACCAGCCUCUUUCAAAGGCGCUGCACCGGUGUGUUAUUAUUGCAGACAAGCUGGGCACAUUCGUAACAAUUGUCCAGAGUUGGCUCGGCGUGUGUGUUUCGAAUGUGGUGUAGCAGGCCACACACGAAAGUUCUGUAAAGCAAAAGUGACAGACACACAAGCUAUCGAUCUAUAUGAGCAAGCUAAGUCUCAGAAGACUGAACAAGAAACACAACGUCCAGUCAAGGAUGUGGAUCAGACAACAAAGGCAACCUCUGAGCCUGUGAUUUCAGAUACAGAAGAUCAAAAGGGUGUUAAUGAUGAUCUCUCAGACACCGAAGCUACGAUAGACGAGGAAGUAGAGAAGGAGGAUGAAGAUAUUGAGAUGGACGAAGUUCCUAAGAAGAGUAGACUGGAUGAUGUGGACCCUGAGUUUAGCAUCAACUCAUCGAAACAUGCACCAUAUGAUAAGGCAACAAGGAUGAAGCUGGAUGAGGAAGAACCUGCGGAGGAGGUGCAUUUGGUUACCGCCACAAGAACCUCCACGGGCAAACGUUCGAUUCUCAAGAAUAAGCAACCGAGCAUGAGCCCUCGUGUAGGCCAAAAUUUCGAUUUGGAGUUGGAUCCGGUGGUACCAUCACCACCACCUACUAGCGACAUCGCCCAGCAUACACCAACCACUCAACGCUCCUUUAUUUAUGACCUACGUACUUCACACGACCUCGAUAUUCUCUGUCUCCAAGAAACCGCCACUAAUUUUUCACAUCCUCAUAUCACUGAGGAACAAGUCCACUCCUUUACUACUUCCAUGUUUCCAAAUCGCUCAUCAAUCAUCACCAAACAUGCAGCGAUUGUAUGUCUACGUCAAGAUCUCACACUGGCAAAUGCCAUUGUUUCCAUGGACGAGCGAAUUAUUGUCGCAUCGGUCUUGGAUCCACAACAACAUCUUGUAUGCAAUAUUAUCAACACCUAUAUUCCAGCUACACGCACAGCUCGUCCAGAUUUUCUACGAUCCUUCCUCUCGUUACCUUUCAUUCAAGAGGUAGAUGGUGGUCCCUGGUUCUUGCUUGGGGAUUUCAACCUCCACUUGCACGAUCCUACAGUCACCGGCUCACCAGCCAUACAGCCUUGGUAUGACUGGAUCCGCACACAUUUCGAUAAUUGCAUGCCAGCAGGGUUACCACCUACUUUUCAAAGGGGUGACUCUCGCUCCACGAUCGACUAUAUUUUUGGCCACCAUUCCAUGAUGACUCGAGUAACCAAUGCAAAUCAACAUUUUCUUCCUACGUCAUUGACGGACCAUUGUUUGCUGACCAUCGACCUACUGCCAGUACGACAAGACUUUGGCCGUGGUAGCUGGAGGUUCAACCCAUCUAUGCUGUAUGAUGAGAAAUUUGUCACUCUUCUGGAUCAUAAUGUGGCAAGCUUCUUUGAAACUAUCGACUCGACACCCGAUGUUACUCCUCAAGAGCAAUGGGAAUCUUUGAAGAGGCUUCUCAAAUACACAGCACAGCGACAAUCACGUGGUUCAACAGCACAUAGACGCACUCGUAUUGCUAAACUGCAAGCCGAACGACAACAACUCCUGGUCAACCCAACGAACAAAGAUUUGGCCACAAUUGAACAACAGAUCGACACUUUGAUUCAGCAUGACACUCGACAAACGAUGCUUCGCUCGGCAACACGUUGGCAUGAACAGGGGGAAAGGAACAAUAAGUAUUUCUUUCGGGUGAUCAGAGAACGACAGGCCCAACAUACUAUUACAGCUUUGAAGGGUUCUGAUUUUGAUGGGGUACUCACGGAUAUCCAUGAUAUAAUCAAGGAGACACGCAAGUUCUAUAGCCAACUAUAUACACCUGAGGAUGUUGAUUUAUCGGCCAUGGAUUCUUUGCUGCAAAACAUUCCAUCCACGGUUACACUCUCAGCUGAAGACUCGAAGGAGCUUAUCGCACUGCCACAUCCCGAAGACAUCUUAGACCUUGUGGAUCACGCACCAGCUGGCAAAAGCCCUGGUCUUGAUGGCAUUCCUUUCGAAGUCUACAAACAUCUCGUACCUCGCUCACCCCGUCUCCGCCAUCUGUUGCUCACUAUCAUUCGCCAAGCUAUGGAAGGUAUCUUUCCACCAUCAUGGUCUCACACACGCAUGGUUCUUCUUUUUAAGAAAGGAGAUCCUGAGCUACUACGCAACUGGCGCCCACUCUCUCUAAUUAACACGGAUGCAAAGCUAUUCACAAAACUGCUGGCCAAUCGUUUCAACCAAGUAUUACCAAAACUUAUCAAUCCAUACCAAACGGGCUUUAUGCCACACCGUUUGAUCUCGGAUAAUGGAUGGAUUAAUCAAGUCAUAAUGCACAACCAAAGCACGGCAUGCAAAAUGGAUCCCACAGUGGCAGUCUUUCUCGAUCAAGAAAAGGCUUAUGACCGUGUACAUCCGGAGUAUUUACGCAGAGUUAUGGCGCAUUUCGGCUUUCCGCCGAGUAUCAUCCAAAGCCUGUCUUGCUUGUUUUUCAACACCCAAGUACAUGUGAGUAUCAAUGGUCAUCUCGGUAAGCCAUUUACACAAAGCAGGGGGUUAAGACAAGGCGAUCCUCUCUCCCCUUUGCUUUUCAACAUUGUUUUCGAACCACUUUUGCGAUCUAUAUUGGCUAGUCCACUAUCUGGUGUCUCUCUUGCUUCAAUUCCAUCUCGCUCAUCAACCAGAGCCACACCUCAUCCACUACGCAAUAUCUUGCCAGCACCACCAGCGAUCAAACUUCUUAGUUAUGCGGAUGAUUUGGAAGUUUUCUUAUCACAUACGGGAGAAUGGCCUAUCCUUAUGGACCUGUUACAACGAUAUGGAGCUGCCUCCAAUGCCAAAGUCAAUUUGAGUAAAACCAUCUUGAUGUCUCUAUCUGGCACAGCACACACGGAUUGGCAACCAAUUGCGCAAACAUAUGGAGCACAAUGGCACGACGCCACAAGCACAGACGCUGUACGCUAUUUGGGGUACCCAUUAUACCACACAGCGAAUCAACUCGCCUCGUUCUUGGAUUCUCUCAAGCUUAAGUUACUUCGUCAUGCCAACAUCUUGAAGGAACGUCGUCUAUCUUUACGGGGUGCUAGCACUGUGGCUAACUCACUACUUCUGUCUCGAUUGUGGCAUGUUCUACGGGUCACACCAAUGCCGCAUGAGUGGUUACUUGACAUGAAAUCGAUAGUGCUAUCUUUCAUAGCACCUUUUUGGCCUAAACCCGCCUGGGCUACUUUGUGUCUACCACGUAGAUACGGAGGGGUUGGAGUGGUCGAUAUAAUUGACCAAAGUCAAGCUUUGCAUCUCAUAUACCUCCAACGUAUGUGUGAUUCUCCACGCCCAUCUGAUUUCAUAACGCCAUGGAUAGUGAGAUACUAUCAACUGCUUACUGGUCAUUCAUCUUUAUUACCAUGGUUUCUUUUUCCAAGUCAAGUCCAUCAGUGCCUCAAAUUGGCUCCACACAUGGCUCACCUUGGGAAAGUCCUCUGUCGCCUUCCGCAAUUAACACCUUCAAGCAGCUGGUCUGCAAGAUGGUUUCUCGAUGUGCCGCUCCGUUUUUUCAAGUUUCCAACAUCAGGAUCACCACCAAAAACGCUGAGUCUACAACAUCUCCUCUCAGACCUUGUUCAUUGGGACUUACGACAACAACAACUAUUCUUUUCACCAACGGCACCAUCAAGAAAGGCAAUACGACAGAUUCGCUCCAGUUUUGACCCUACAUUGGCACCAUGCAUCAUCUCUGUCAAAGGCCAUGAUUCAACGCAACUUCGACUCCACUUUCCGACUCACACCUCUCCACCUGAUAUGAUCACCUAUCAGCCCGUCUUUUAUACACUUCCCACUUUGACGCAUUGGGAAUUUCAUUUUUCGCCAACCAAACGCCGUAACGUGCCUUACCUCUCACUCUCUGAGCUACGUCUGUAUUGGCACCCUUAUUGGCAACACAUCAACGAUGAUACAUCAAGGCCUACUGAAUCAGUACCACGCAGCCUCACCUACCCUCAGUCUUUUUGGCGGCGCUUUUGGCGUUUAUCACUACCGCACAAAGCUUUGACCCCUUGGUGGAGACUUCUACAACAUUGUAUAGCAACACAACAAAAACGCCACCGCUUUCAACUUCAACAUGUUGACGACUCUGUUUGCCCUCUGUGCAAGAUUGAGGAGGAGGAUAUCAAGCACAUGUUUGUGAGCUGUUCCACUAAACGACCAUUUUGGCGGGCAGCUUUACAAUAUUUGCAGCUGGAUCCUAUCUUUCCCACCCAGGACCUAGUCUGGCAAGCUCUCACCACUUUCUUGUCAAGGCGCAAUCGCCCUUUGUGUGACAAUGUUUUACGUCGUCUGGGCUGUAUUGUGGCAGUGCUAUGGCAGCAUCAUUGGAGAUGCAGGAUCGACGACCAAGCAUGGAUAACCGCAACUGUCUUAGACACUCUUCAAUCUGAUUUACUGUAUUCAUCCUUUGUACCUCCUACUCCCUUUUCUGAUCAAUAA